GAGGAAAGGCGCAUCCUCCUCCUCCUCCUCCUCCUCCUCCUCCUCCUCCUUUUCACAUUUCAGUCACGCGGCUUUGCUCACCUUGAGAUGAAGCACUCAUCUUCCCCCCCCGUCGCGACUCACGUCUGUAUUCUAAUUGAAACAAAUGCAAGCCUCGGCACCUCCUCUGUAUCUCAUUAAACCAUUCGGGAUUCAUUCUGGACAGACGUGCGCGCGUUACUCUGGAUAGUCUGGAUUGCUUUGCCUUCCGACCCAGCGGCUGCCCCUCGUCGAGACAGUUCAUGUUUUUUUUUCUUUCUCCACCCAUCUGUUUGCAGUAUCUUUAGAAUACACGCACACACACACACACACACACACCCGUUUACACAUAUGAUUCAUUCAGGCAGAAUCGGAUACGGAGGCAUCCGCGCUUUGUCGAGAUCGCGGCUGGUGGCGCAUUGCGUUGCUUCUCGCCGAAGCGCCGAGGAUGUGAUGGCGUGAGGGCUGCGAAACAUCCACAGUGAGGUGAUGGACAGUGUGCACGAGUCCAGCGGGCACCAGACACCUGCGCUCCCGGUCCUGCGUGCUGCGGAGAGGGACACCUAGCCGGGUGUCACCGCCAGCCCCGGAUGCUGCGCCGAAGAAUGGGAUACUCCGACCCAUCGUCGGGUAAAGACAUCCUCGGCAACAGAUCUCUUUGUUUCAUAUUUAUUUGCGCAUUUGGACUCGUCACACUGCUGCAGCAGAUCCUCUAUGGGAAGAACUACAUCAAGAGUGCGCAACAGUUUAGCCGACUCAAAGGGGACGAGACAGGAAAUUGGACCGGUCCCGUUAAUUUCUCCGAUGACGGAUCGCUGAAGCCUGCCAGAAAUGGAAGGAAAAGAUGUUUCCGUCAGAAUUUUCAGCCAGAUUCACAGAUCUCCGUAAUAGUCACACCCUGCCUACUCGAUAUUAAGAAGAAAAAAAAACGCUCUCAAAGGUAUCUGGAAAACUAUGAUGGCUCCUAUGACUACAACUCCACUGCAUGCAGGGAGCUCAGGCAGGAGAUUAUGGAUGUCAAAGUGCUGACAAUAAACAUGGUUAAUCGGAAAAAACAUGGCCAUGGGUAUCCUUCCUCAUUCCACAAGUCUCUCUGCCUGUCUGCCAGGGUGAAAACCUCCGACCUGUUUGAGAGGUGGCGGAACCUGCAGGUGUGUAGGUGGGAGCAGAACAAGGAGGAGACCAGCAACUUCAAGAUGUCUCUAUCUCGAUGCUGUAACGCUCCUUCAUUUUUGUUCACCACCAAGAGGAACACACCUGCAGGGACCAAGCUGAGGUACGAGGUGGAUACCAGUGGUAUCCUUCCCAUCACCGCUGAGGUCUUUAAGAUGUUCCCAGAUGACAUGCCGUAUUCCAAAUCGCAGUAUAAGAAAUGUGCUGUUAUUGGGAAUGGCGGCAUCAUCAAGAACAGCAAAUGUGGAAAGGAAAUCGAUUCAGCAGAUUUUGUGUUUAGGUGCAACAUACCACCCAUAAAUGAGAAGUAUUCAGCUGAUGUUGGCACUAAAACAGAUCUGGUGACAAUAAAUCCGAGCAUUAUUACUGAGAGAUUUCAGAAGCUGGAGAAAUGGCGGCGGCCGUUUUUUGACGUCCUGCAGAAUUACGAGAACUCCUCCGUGGUGCUUCCAGCCUUCUACAACACCCGCAACACGGACGUGUCGUUCAGAGUCAAGUACAUGCUGGAUGACUUUGACUCCCAGAGAGGCGUGUUCUUCUUCCACCCACAGUACCUGCUCAACGUGCAGCGCUUCUGGGCGGUGCAGGGCGUCCGGGCCAAGCGGCUCAGCAGCGGCCUGAUGCUCGUGACCGCUGCCUUGGAGAUGUGCGAGGAGGUCCACCUCUACGGUUUCUGGGCAUUUCCCAUGAACCCCUCUGGCAUCUUCAUCACCCACCACUACUACGACAACGUCAAGCCACGGCCGGGCUUCCACGCGAUGCCUCAUGAGAUUUUCAACUUCAUUCACAUGCAUACUCGUGGGAUCAUCCAUGUACACACGGGGCAGUGCACGUGAUCCCUCACUCCUCUGCUUUAAUGGGGAAGCUCAACAUUUUACCGUUAACUUCUUUUUUAUUUUCGAAGCAGGUUUACCUGUCAUGUUUUAUUUCAGUGAACGAGACACUUCACGAUUUUCUCCUUUGGAGCGUACACUUCUGUGCUCUCACUCAGUCAACUACACAUUGAAGGUUGCUUGCUUUAAUUACCAACACACUUUUCUUUUCGGUUGUGAAUUUAGCCCACCAAAUCACAAGGGUAACCUUUGACUCUCUGACCAUAGGAUGCUUGUUUUUAUGUGAAAAGUGGUCUUCUUAGUGAUGUUGUUUCUGUGACUUUUUUCUAGUGGCUCUGCUGUACAGAGGUGUUGUUUUUUCUACUCAACGUUGCACAGAUAUUUAUGCUGAAGUGGGGCAGCAGUGUUUGUGGGCCCCCCCGUUCCCCCUUCUCUUCUUCUCUCUUUAUCUUGGACACUCUGUGGGUGUGGCAGCUUUUAAUGUUUGUGUAAAACAAAGCCUAAACCUUGAUAUUAAGCUAAUAUUUAAAAAAUUAAAAAAAGAUGACAAAAGAUUAAAUUGUAAAAUCCAAUUGUCUACUUUUGUAAUCUAUUUCCUAUUCGCCAGAUUCAUUUGGUGAAUAUUUUAAAACACUAUCAACACGGCCUGUUUUCAAUGGCUCCGUUUCCUCCGAUAUUUCUGGUUUUAAAAAACGGAGGAUAUGAGAAGAAGCAAAGAUGUUUUUUCCUCCUUUUCUUUUUUUUUGGCUUUCUUUAUUCUUGCAAUGACACCACCUGAGCAAAACUUUGACUUUCAAAGGCCAUCUGAUUUGUCAAGCAACAGAGAACUGUUGAGCGACCCAGCCUCUUGCCAUCAUUCAUGUCUUAAGCCACGCUGCCUUAUGAGAUAUAAAACCCUUCUCUAUGAUUUUCAGCACCAACGUGUUUUGCCUGUCUUCAGAUACAUUAGCAUCCAACUAAAUCUUUGGUUCUAUUGAAUGAAUGAAAGGAUGUUUUAAGACUCUUAAAGGUGUAGACAUACAUGUGAAAGUCUCUUCUUAUAUUCUACUGGAAUUAGUGAAGUUGAAACACCGUUCAUAAUCAUGUAAUGCUCUGCAUGACUUUACUCUGUAUUAGGCUUUGUGUGUGCCUGCUUCAAUGAUCACUAAAAUAUGUUAACACUUCAGCCUCUACUGAAUCUCACAGUGCUAUUGAAGAUGUGUACAUGAACUUUUUCCCAGAAAGAUACAUGGAUUCGUCAAAGUGAAUUGUACAGUACUGGAUGCGGAUCCCAUUGAUCGAAGAUGCAAGAAUGCAGAUGGUUGUUGCCCUUUUGUGAAGUGCUCCAACACAUAUAUGAAUACUGUGUUAUUUCACCGUCCCCUUUGAACUGUGAAUAUUCAGUUUGCGCUCAAGAAAGCAUUGCUCAUUUUAACUUGUGCACUGGAAAGCUCCACGGUGCUCACUGUUAAGUUUGUUGUACAUUGCAAAAGAGACUGUACAUUUUUGUCACUCAUCUGUUCAUGCUUGGCUGUGCACUUGGCAUUUCCCCCUUUGUAUUCGAAAACAUUGCUGAUAAGAUUUAAACAGAGUGUUUCUUUCAAUUAUUUAUAUAGACUCCAUGUGAUAAUGCAGUUCAGCAAACAUGAACACCAAACAUUAUUUGGCUUGACCACUAAAUUGUUGUGCAGACACAAGUGAUUCAAGAAUGGAGAAGGAAGGGAAUCUGGUCUGUGUGCUGAAUGGAGGGAAUAUGUAACACAGUGCUUGUUAACUGACUCUGGAUCAUUCUUUAUACCGUAUUGUGUUUGUAAAUAAACUUGUUUGGAUUUUCACACUUA